AUGGGCGCCUAUCUCUAUGGGCGCCUAUCUCUAGGGGCGCCUAUCUCUAUGGGCGUCUAUCUCAAGGGGCGCCUAUUUCUAGGGGCGCCUAUCUCUACGGGCGCCUAUCUCUAUGGGCGCCUCUCUUUAGGGGCGCCAAUCUCUAGAGGGGCGCCAAUCUCUAGAGGCGCUUAUCUUUUUGGGCGCCUAUCUGGGCGCCUAUCUCUAGGGGCGCCUAUCUCUAUGGGCGUCUAUCUCUAUGGGCGCCUAUCUCUAGGGGCGCCUAUCUCUAUGGGUGGGCGCCUAUCUCUAGAGGCGCCUAUCUCUAUGGGCGCCUAUCUCUAUGGGCGCCUAUCUCUAUGGGCGCCUAUCUCUAUGGGCGCCUAUCUCUAUGGGCGCCUAUCUCUAUGGGCGCCUAUCUCUAUGGGCGCCUAUCUCUAUGGGCGCCUAUCUCUAUGGGCGCCUAUCUCUAGGGGUGCCUAUCUCUGGGCACCUAUCUCUAUGGGCGCCUAUCUCUAUGGGCGCCUAUCUCUAGGGGCGGCUAUCUCUAUGGGCGUCUGUCUCAAGGGGCGCCUAUCUCUAGGGGUGCCUAUCUCUAUGGGCGCCUAUCUCUAUGGGCGCCUCUCUUUAGGGGCGCCAAUCUCUAGAGGCGCCUAUCUCUAUGGGGCGGCUAUCUCUAGGGGCACCUAUCUCUAUGGGCGUCUAUCUCUAGGGGCGCCUAUCUCUAUGGGCAGCUAUCUCUUUGGGCGCCUAUCUCUAUGGGCGCCUAUCUCUAGGGGCGCCUAUCUCUUGGGGCGCCUAUCUCUAUGGGCGCCUAUCUCUAUGGGCGCCUAUCUCUAUGGGCGCCUAUCUCUAUGGGCGCCUAUCUCUAGGGGUGCCUAUCUCUAUGUGGCGCCUAUCUCUGGGCGCCUAUCUCUAUGGGCGCCUAUCUCUAUGGGCACCUAUCUCUAUGGGCGCCUAUCUCUAGGGGCGCCUAUCUCUAUGGGCGUCUAUCUCAAGGGGCGCCUAUCUCUAGGGGCGCCUAUCUAUACGGGCGCCUAUCUCUAUGGGCGCCUCUCUUUAGGGGCGCCAAUCACUAGAGGGGCGCCUAUCUCUAUGGGCGCCUAUCUCUUUGGGCGCCUAUCUCUAGGGGCGCCUAUCUCUAGGGGCGCAUAUCUCUAUGGGCGCCUAUCUCUAGGGGCGCCUAUCUCUAUGGGCGCCUAUCUCUAUGGGCGCCUAUCUCUAUGGGCGCCUACCUCUAAGGGCGCCUAUCUCUUUGGGCGCCUAUCUCUAUGGGCGCCUAUCUCUAGGGGCGCCUAUCUCUAG